CACAUAGCGCGAUUUCAGUGUUUUCGCUGGGUGAUGUCUUCCAGGCAUAGGAUUGACAUCGGGGAAUCAAAACCAAGAAGGUCAAGGUUCUCUGAUGGACCGGAUAACCACUCACGUGAGCGCUCACGUUCUCCAGACAAUCAAGGAAAAUUUAAACAAAAUGCAUCUAACGCAUCUCCGUUCGCACUGCAGACAAAUCCUUAUAACGGCAAAGCAUUCAGUCCCAGAUACUUUGAGCUUUUCCGAAAGCGUGUCAAGUUACCUGUUUGGGAAUACAAAGAAAAUUUCUUCCAAACGUUGUCGGAGAAUCAGGUUACCGUGCUAGUUGGUGAGACUGGCUCCGGAAAGACAACACAGAUUCCACAAUGGUGCUUGGAGUGGGUAACUGGACGGUAUCCUACCAAAAAGGCAGUGGCCUGCACACAACCUAGAAGAGUAGCUGCCAUGUCUGUUGCUCAGCGUGUGUCAGAAGAAAUGGAUGUUGAGUUGGGGCAAGAAGUUGGAUAUAGUAUUCGAUUCGAGGACUGCACAUCUUCAAGAACUGUAUUGAAGUACAUGACUGAUGGUAUGCUUUUGCGUGAAGGCAUGUCUGACCCCUUACUUGAAGCAUACGGAGUUAUUCUUUUGGAUGAAGCCCAUGAAAGAACGUUGGCCACAGAUAUUCUGAUGGGUCUACUCAAAGAAAUCACCAAACAGAGACUAGAUUUGAAAAUAGUUGUUAUGAGCGCAACUCUAGAUGCAGGCAAAUUUCAAGACUACUUUCACAAAGCUCCUCUUAUGACCGUGCCGGGUAGAACACAUCCAGUGGAGAUUUUUUACACACCAGAACCAGAACGCGAUUAUCUUGAAGCUGCUAUCCGUACCGUAAUCCAAAUUCAUAUGUGCGAGGAGAUUGAAGGUGAUAUACUACUGUUUUUGACGGGUCAAGAAGAAAUUGAAGAAGCAUGUAAACGUAUUCAGAGGGAAGUAGAUGGUCUAGGUCCAGAUGUUGGCGAAUUGCGUUGCAUUCCUCUUUACUCAACCCUCCCACCAAACCUUCAGCAAAGAAUAUUUGAUCCUCCUCCGCCGAAGCGUGCAAGUGGUGCUAUUGGUCGAAAGGUUGUGGUAUCCACAAAUAUCGCAGAAACGUCUCUAACGAUCGAUGGUGUGGUUUUCGUUAUUGACCCAGGUUUCGCGAAGCAGAAAGUUUACAACCCUCGUAUUCGUGUUGAAUCACUUUUGGUUACUGCGAUCAGCAAAGCGUCCGCACAACAGCGUGCUGGUAGAGCUGGCCGUACAAGACCUGGAAAAUGUUUCCGAUUGUACACAGAAAAGGCAUAUACAAAUGAAAUGCAGGAGAACACAUAUCCAGAAAUCCUGCGGUCAAAUCUAGGCACUGUAGUCCUCCAACUCAAGAAGCUAGGCAUUGAUGACUUGGUGCAUUUUGACUUUAUGGAUCCUCCUGCUCCAGAAACCCUGAUGCGUGCCCUAGAGUUAUUGAAUUAUUUGGCAGCCCUUGAUGAUGAUGGUAAUUUAACGGAUCUGGGAAGUAUGAUGGCGGAGUUCCCACUUGAUCCACAGCUAGCAAAAAUGGUUAUUGCUUCAUGUGAUUAUAAUUGCUCAAACGAAAUUUUAAGCAUCACUUCCAUGUUGUCAGUACCACAGUGUUUUGUGCGUCCUGCUGAUGCUAAGAAGACCGCAGAUGAGGCGAAGAUGCGUUUUGCUCACAUUGAUGGUGACCACUUGACUAUGUUAAAUGUUUACCAUGCAUUCAAGCAGAAUCAUGAGGACCCACAAUGGUGUUACGACAAUUUUAUCAAUUUCCGGUCACUUAAGUCUGCUGAUAAUGUGCGAGUUCAGUUGUCACGCAUUAUGGAUCGAUUUUCUCUCCGUCGUUCAAGUACUGACUUUACUUCUCGUGACUAUUAUAUAAACAUUCGGAAGGCUUUGGUGUCUGGAUUUUUCAUGCAGGUAUUAGAAAAACAGUUGUCUGAUUCACUUCGCUCAUUAUAUACUUUCAUCAUCUCAAUGACUUCGUGUUUUGCUGAAUGUGCAAUUUAUCUUGUAUUCAUCGUUAGUUUUUGAAAAACCUUUUCCAAAAUUUGGUUAGUUUUAGUACUUUAGUGUUUAAGGAGACUUUUAAUACCUAUCAGGGCUUUCGAUUUCUAGUUUCUGGCUUUUAGUUUCAUACCAAGUCACAUGAAAGUACUUUCAGGUUUGUCUGACUUAUUCUAGUAAAUGGUUGUGAAGUGAUGGGAAAAGAUUUGUGGCUCGGGAUGAGGAUGAUGGUGGUUUGAUGUUCUGUGAGCUUUGAUAUUUUGUCAUGAAGGUUUCAUCAUCAGGCUGGGUGACAUCUUCAGAACUAACUUCAUCAAGAAGUUUUUAUGAAGAUGUCACCAAACCACCAUCAGUAAGUGGUUGUUAUUAAAGGCUUCUCAUAAUGUAAUUGCGAGUAGGUAAUGAGCCACACUCAUUGUGUGAAGGCUAAUGAGAUACUAUCUGGCUGCCUAAACCACUGAUUAAUUAGUUUGUAGAUUGCAAAGGGUAUAAGAUCAGGGAGAAGUAGCACAUGUCUCAUUUAAUAAGUAUACGUAUCGACAAAGUGUUUUUUUGUACUCAACUUCUCUAAACUUAGGCUUCCCUCUUAACAUCGAGCGUAUUGUUUUUCUCUCUUAUUGCAUCGAUGCAGCAGUAUUGCCUCUACUAGUUAGUUUUCCUUAUCAUGUGGUUUGAAUUCUCGCGAGCUCUUGGUAUUCACUAUGUUGAACAAAAGAAUUAUCAUUACUUUUCACGUCUACACAAAGAGCUACUGUUCACAUAUUAUCAGUCGUCUAACAAUAUUUUCCUUGCACAUUCUCCGUAACAGUUGCAUUUCUAUGUUUUAGUUUUCCGCAUAUAUCAGAUCUAACCAGCCUACACUGAGAUUUGUGUUCAUUGAAAUUCUGUCCUAGGUAGCCCAUCUUGAACGUACUGGUCAUUAUUUGACGGUGAAAGACAAUCAGGUUGUUCAGCUUCAUCCCUCAACUGUAAUAGAUCACAAACCAGAGUGGGUGUUAUACAAUGAGUUCGUCCUUACGACAAAAAACUACAUACGCACAGUGACUGAGGUUAAACCAGAUUGGCUUGUUCGAAUUGCGCCUCAGUAUUAUGAUAUGUCCAACUUCCCCGAUUGUGAAGCUCGUCGAAUACUCGAACGAAUAGUUCAUCGGAUUCAAAAUCGAAAAAUCCAACAAGAACAGAAACAAAACCAAGAAGCAAAGCUACAGGCACAAGCUUGAACUGUUUUCAAAAAUUCAGAUAACCACCAUUCAUCUUACACUUGUUUGGUGAACCGAUGUCAAUAAAUACCUUUGUAUUUUAAUUUCCCUCCCCUGAAAGAAAAUCCAGUCAGAAGUCAUCUUGCAUUUCAUAUGCUGUAUGUACAUGUUAUCAGGGUAAUAAUAAAUAACUUCUGAUUCAUUUUCCAUUUCG